AUGUCAAAGGAAGUUAUCUCAAAUCACGUCGAGGAGUUUUCUGGCGACCCCUCUUUCCCGCCAGCAGACCUAAGCAAAGUCGAGAUCAUCACACUCGAAGAUGACCCUCACCGUGCUGCUCUCGAAGACGACUACAAGCAGAAACUGCCUGGGAAGACCUGGGCAGCAGUGUUCUUCCUCGGCUUCACAUUCCAGCCUGCGUUGGCUUUUUCUAUCCUCGGUGUCUUUCCAAUCAUCUCGGUGAUCGCCAUGGACGUGCAAGGGACGACCACCAAUUCCGCAUGGAUGUCCUCGGGCUGGACGUUAGGGGGGACGAUUGCCUUCGCGAUUGCUGGAAGAAUCUCGGACAUCUUUGGCCGAAGAUAUGUUCUCCUCAUUGGGCAGUUGAUUCUCAUUGUUUCCUAUAUCAUUGGUGCGACUGCAAACAGCUUAAAUCAACUCAUCGCCGCAAUGGCAGUUGGCGGCUUUGGCACCGGCACUGCCCUUGUGCUAUACCCAGGGUUGUCUGAGAUCCUACCAAACCGAUAUCGGUCCGUCGGCCUUGCCUGGACCGAAUUUAACCUCGUCCCCAUGUCAAUCUUCGGAUCGCUAGCUGGCCACGCACUGGCACAGAAUGCUACCUGGCGCUGGAUAUUCAUCAUCGGUGGCAUCACGGCUGUCAUUUCUCUAGUUGGGACUGCUGUGUUCUACUUCCCACCGCCUCGCCCUCAUGCUGUUGCGCAUAUCUCGCGGGGACAAUUGCUAAAAGAGCUCGACUAUGUUGGCUUCUUCCUUUACACUGUUGGCCUCACGAUACUCCUGGUCGGGCUUUACCAAGGGGGGAAUACGCGCAUAUGGCACUCAGCCGGCGUUGUAGCACCUAUCGUGCUUGGCGGAAUCGCUUUCAUUGGCUGCUUCGUUUGGGAAUUCAGUGGAGUGGCCAAGCGCCCUUUGUUCCCAUUUUACAUGUUCAAGAAGGGUCGAGAGUUUACCUCUCUAAUUGUGUGUAUCUUCGUCACUGGCUUUUGUUACUAUGCCAUGACAAGUCUAAUCCCCCAACAACUUUUGCACGUGUACUCCACAAACAAGAUCAAGCUGGGCGAGCUACAGAUGGCAGCAGGUGCUGGCAACGUUUUUGGCGGUGUCGUGAUGGGAGCUCUCGUGCACAAAUUCAAGCACGUCCACAUUCAGCUGAUGAUCGCCGUCGCCAUGCAGAUGCUCUUUCUCGGCCUCUCAGCGCUCGACACGCCUAAGACGACCGCCAUGACGCUGGCCUUCCAUUUCUUUGCGACUGUACCUUUUGCCUGGGUCACAGUCGCGUGCUACGUCACGGCUAGUCUCCAUAUCCCUCAGAAAGAUCUGGGUAUCGCACAAGGCUCCAUUGGGACUUUUCGUUUCCUCGGCGGCGCCAUCGGAAGUACCGCCUUGAACAUCAUCAUCAAUGAGAAAUCAGCAGAGAAGCUUUCUGGUUAUAUCGCUAAAGCAGUGCUACCUCUCGGUCUCCCGCAAGCCAAGCUACAGGCGUUUUCCGCAGCUUUGGCAGCAGGCAAGCCAUUAGCUGUCAAAGGCGUGACUCCAGCGAUGGCUGCAGCUGGCUUGGCAGCUUCGCGAGAGGCUUGGGCGUACGCAUUUCGCAUUGCUUUCUUGGCUACGAUUCCCUUUGGAGUGAUCGCGACAAUUGUCGCCUAUUUUGUCGCCGAUCCAUCGAAGUAUUUCACGCAGCAUGUAGCGAUCCAUCUCGAGACCGAUAAGGUCGAUGAGCGUGGUCGUUCUGAGCACGCUUGA